AAUACUCCGUAACAGAAAAGUAACAACUCUCCUCCCGCGCCCUCAAUCUUCGCCGGAAAUCCAUGCCGGAAAUGUUCGGCUCCGGCAACUACCCGGCGCUGGUGUCCUCAGACGAGAUAAUCCGACUCGCGUCUGAAUGCCGCCGCCGCCUCCGCCUCCGCCAGAACAACGUCCCCCGACCGACUCUCCCGCCUUUCCUCCUGGAUCCGUCAUAUCACCCCAUUCUCCUCUCCUAUCUCAACCGCCGCGCCUCCUUUCAUCAGAAUCGUUCCACCGCCGUCUCGGCGUAUGUUGACUCCCUCCUCACCCUCUCUAAGAUCGAAGAUUCUCUCACUCCUCUCCUCCCACACCUCCUCCAAUCGUACACCUCACUCUUCACUUCCCGCCAAAUCCCGCACGAUUUGCACUCAAGCUCCUCCCUCCGGCGCUUCUCCACUCAUCUCGACUCCAUGCCGGCACCUGAUCUUGUUCCAGUAGUGGUUUCCAUCAUCUCAUACGUGCCUCACAUAUCUGAGCGUGAAGAUGCUCAAAUCCUAAUUCUGCUACCUAAAUGCUUAAACCUAAUCGAUUCAUUUGAGAGAAUGCACAAUCGGGUUGAAUACACCAACUCUGUGCUUGAUAAAAUGCUUAAGUAUGACUGUUGUAAGGCUUUCUAUGUGAAAAUGGUGGAAAUAAUCCAUGAUUUUGAAUAUGUAGAUAAAACACGGAGGAGUGAGUUUCUUGGUAAGGUGUUUGCUGGGAUGAAGGAUGUUGAUGUGCAGGACAUACCGUGGUUGGUUAUUCGGUUGUUGGUCUUGGCUUCAAAAGGUUUUGAUAAAAGGGAUGUUAUUGAAGGGAUAUUGAUGUUUUUUGGAGGUGAGGAAAUGGAUGCGAAAGGUGGGCUGAUAAUGAGACAAGUUGAAGGAACUGUUUUGCUCCAUAUAAAUUCUGUGGUCGAGAAGGACCCUGGGCUAGCGAGGGAGGUUUUAAGGCUGGUUAUGUGUGGCUAUUCUAGGGCUUUCAAUCAUUUUACUAUCGGGGUUUUGUUCUCGAUUUCUAGAAUCGAAUGGCUUAAUGCGAGUGCAAUAUGGAUUCUGAAAUCAACUCUCUUUGAUGUUUACAAAGGGUAUAAGUUUGCAAAGUGUGACAUGUCAGUCAAGGAAAGCAGCUUUGGGAGAGAGCAUGUUGUGUCAAGUAUCGUAAAAUUGGGAUUCGGAUUGCUUGAGGGUGUAGAGGAGAAAAGCAGCAAAGAAAUCAAGUAUGAUUGUAUCGCAGGUCCAGUGGAAUUAGGUCUUGAAGUGUUAAAAAGUUUGUUUGAUCUCCAUGAUGGGGUGAGAAAUGAGAUAAUACAGCAAUGCAUUUUACAAAUCCUUUCCUCAAAGCCAGGGGUGAUUCCAAUCAUACGGUUGCUUGGAGAUCUAGUUCAGAGUCAUCUGCAUUCACUGCUACAAUGUGCUUCAGAUCUCAAAAAGUUAUUGGAAAAUUUCACAUUCUCGGACUCUGAAAUAUCCUCUUCACUCAUCAAUGUUUUAUGGCCUCUGAUUAAAUGCAGUCGAGAUCUUCAGGAUCAUACCAUACUGGCCUUACAAAAGGGUACUUUUAGGCAAGAAGCUUCUGUUCAUGUUUCUGCAGCUGCUGCUAUUGUUGAAUUAAUUUUAGCAGAAAAACGGUCUGAAAAAAGAGGAUCAGCCUCUCUUCAAAAAUCAAGUAGCGAAGCCAGCAGCUGCCAAAAAACUGAAGUUUAUCAUAUAACUGGGGCUGGCCUUUUUCAGGAGCUUAGUGGUUUACUGCGGAGAUGUCUUUGUCAGCAGGCAAGAGUCAGAGAGAUUGUGUACCAUGGAUUGUUGAAGCUGGUGUUGAUAGAUCCCUUGGUUGCUGAACAUGUUUUGAAUUUCAUCUUGCCCCACUUUCAACGAUUUCUCACUAAGGAUACGGAGCUGCUUGAGAUUAUCAAUUGUAUUAUAAUUGAGAAUGGCGAAGUCUUUAUUGAAGAGCCAUUUGACUGUCUUCUGUUCUGCACCAGUUGGAUCCUGCAGCUAUUUCAUCAAAUUGCCAGUAAUCCUUCAGAUUCAUUGGAUUUGCCUGGCUUCUCUCUUACCCAAGAGAAUGAGGAAGGAAGAACCUUGGCUAGCCGGAGCUUAUCCAAUGGCUUGUUACAGAUCAGGGAUCUGAUCAAAACUGAAAGUCUCUCCGGCAUACUUGAAGAUUUUGAAGCGAAGCAUACAUUGGAAUCUGGACAGGUGGCAAUGUGCUAUUUGAUUUUUUUGGGAAUUAUUGAAGUGAACUUGAAUACCACCUUCUUUGAGCUGGAGAAAGCAACUGAUGUCAAAAAGGCUGAAUUGGUGAAAGAGCUUUCUCGUUUGGUUUCCCUCUAUGAGUGUGCCGAAGAAGAGGCAAGUGAAUUUAUGCAGAAGACAGCUGCAAAAAGAGGACUUAUGCGCUCUUCGAGUAACUGUGGUUCAGAUAAGUUGUACUCAAGCUGCACUAAUCUUCAAGAGAGAUCCCCACGCUUGAAAACUUCAUACAUUCACCAGCUACUACAGGGUGCUAUUAAACAAAUUAAUGGGGGUUUUCAGGAUUUAUUAUCUGAUGAUGGUGCAUCUGUGCUGCUGGUAACUCUAUCUUUUGUCUUGAAGAUCUGCAUGCGGCAAUUGGACUUCAUUUCUUUGGGGAAAGAUGAUCCAUUGAAGACUGUGCAGGGGAAUAUCAAUUCAUUGGGUUCCCCACUUCUGGAAGUGAUUCUAUUACUGAAGACUCGUGAAAAAAGUGAGAUAAGCCAGAGGAAAAAAGACAUCACGGGAAGGAAAGAUAUUGGUGGGCAUAGGGAGAACAUCCAACUUGCCUUAGUGUGCUUGAAAAAGUUGAUAACUAUAAGUCUGAGCAGCUCCGAUUAUGCAGUUAUGUUGAACGACUUGCUGUCAGUGGCUCGAAAUGAGGCUGCCUCUGGAAAUGUGUCAGAUGCUAGUUGGGAUACUCAUGACAACAUUUGUGAUAGUGUUGAGCCUGGAAGGAGUAAAGAAAUGUUUAUUGAAAAGAUUACAAAGCCAUUGCUUGAGGAGUUUCUUGGGUUGUCUUAUUUUCCUGAGGUUGAGGUUAUUGGUGAUAUAGUUCAGAUGAUUGCCGGUACAAUGGUGGGGGGUACAAAGAACUUAAUUGGAGAAUGGGCAACAAAUAUAUGCCGAAGUACCUCAAUCACAGAUCCCGAAGUUGCUAAACGUAUGUUCUGUCUGAUCGUUUCCUUAACCUCGGCCCCCAAUGAUAUGCUUGUCGUCCAAGACAUGGCAACUCACCUUCUACAAGUAGUUGGAUCAGAGAAGGCAGCCCCAUCAGACACAUCUGAAGCUUACCCCAUCAUAAACAAAUCUACUAGUGCUGCGAUAGCCACCUAUAUUCUGGGAUUUAUUGAAUAUUUUAUAAUUGAAAUGCAAUAUGUUAUCAGAAAACUGCAAGGAUGCAUUCUAACUCAGAAUGAGGACCCUAAGGUACUGGCACUGGAAGAAUCCUUGUAUAAAAGAGAAGAAGCUGCCGUGCUCGUUCUUUCUUCGUUUGUACAGAUGGACCUCAAGUAUCCACAUACAGAGAAGUUUCUGAGAGUUACUGCAAUGUUUUACAAAUAUAUGAGUGCAAUUUUGAAGCUUCUUAGUGCUCCUAGAGCCAUUGACAACCAGAUUCUACAACACAUGAAGCAUCAAAAGCUUGAGGAUUUGACUGGCAACCUGUUAACAGAUCCUCUCUGCCACGUUAUACGUCAAAAGGUUGAGUGGUAUGGGUUGCAGAAUUACUCGGACCCUGCAGUCACAAUACCCGAACCAGUUCAGAGGGAAAUCGCUUGCGAGGUAGAGCUGUUAAUCCGUGUGAGGGAUUAUAACAAUGACCUCAUCGAACUUUGUACGGUUAUGUCAAGGAAAUUUGAGCAUUUUGAAGGCUUUGGAGGUGAUGUGGGAAAUGGAAACAAUGCGGUCCUUUCACCCAAAUCUAACAGUGCAGAAGCAGCCGAGGAUCCUGGUUCUCGCAAUGGAGACCGCAUCCAUCUCCCACCUGAGAAAGAUAAAAACUCAUGUAGUCGUGGAAGAGGAUACGGAUGGGCUAACAGAAAACUGAAGCCGAAAAGUAACAACUCUCCCGCGCGCUACCGCGUCCUGAAUCUUCACCGGAAAUCGAUGUCGGAAAUGUCCAGCUCCGAUCACCAACCGCCGCCGUUAUCCUCCGCCGAGAUAAUCCAACUCGCGCACGAAUGCCGCGGCCGCCGCCAAAACAACAUCCACCAACCGGCUCUGCCGCCGUUCCUCCUCACGCCGUCCUCUCAGGCGACUCUCCUCGCCUACCUCAACGACCUAGCCGCAUCAUCUCCGAAUCCUUCCACCGCAGUCUCGAAAUACGUUGACUCCCUCCUCUCCUUCUCUAAGAUCGAAGAUUGUCUCACUUCUCUCCUCCCCUCCCUCCUCCUAUCGUACACCUCCCUCUUCACUUCCCAACAAAUCCCUCACGAUUCGCACUCAAGCUCCUCCCUCAAGCUCUUCUCCACUCAUCUCGACUCAAUGCCGGAACCUGAUCUCGUUCCGGUAGUGGAUUCCAUCAUCUCAUACCUGCCUCACAUAUCUGAGAAUGAAGACAUUCAAAUUCUAAAUUUGCUACCAAAAUGCGUAAACCUAAUUAGAUCAUUGAAUGGAGUGAAGAAUCAGGUUGAAUACACCAACUCUGUGCUUGAUAAAAUGCUCGAGUGUGGCUGGUGUAAGGUUUUGUGUGUGAGAAUGGUGGAAAUAAUCAAGGAUUUUGAAUUUCUAGAUAAAACAAGGAGGAGUGAGUUUCUUGCCAAGGUGUUUAUUGGGAUGAGGGAUGUUGAUGUGCACGAAAUACCGUGGUUGGUUAAUCAGUUGUUGGUUUUUGCUUCAAAGGGGUUUGGUAAAAGGGAAGUUAUUGAAGGGAUAGUGAUUUUUUUUGGAGGUGAGGAAAUGGACAAGAAAGAUGAGUCGAUAAUGAGACAAGCUGAAGGAAAUGUUUUGGCCCAGAUAAACUUCGCCGUCGAGGAGGAUCCUGAGCUAGAGAAAGAGGUUUUAGGGCUGUUUAGGUUGGGUUAUUCCAGGGCUUUCAAUCAUUUUAGAGUAGAGGUUUUGUUGUCAAUCGCAAGUGUGAAAAGGCUUAAUGUGAGUGCAAUAGGGGUUCUGAAAUCAACUCUCCUUGGUGCUUACAAAGGGUAUAAAUUUGCAAAAGAGUGUAAAUGGCUAGCAGAUGGCUUGAAGGAAGAUUAUUUUCAACAAGCCAGGGCCAUAGAGCAGGCUGUGUCGAGAGCUGUCAGGGAAAGCAGCUUUGGGAGAGAGCAUGUUGUGCCAAGCAUCGUACAAUUGGGAUUUGUAUUGCUUGAGUGUGUAGAGAAGAAGAGCAGCAAAGAGACCAAGUAUGAUUGUGUUGCGGGUCCAGAGGAACUAGGUUCUGCAAUGUUAAAAAGUUUGUUUGAUUUUAAUGAUGCCACAAAAACUGAGAUAAUUCAGCAAUGCAAUUUAUGGAUCCUUUCUUCGAAGCCGAACAUGAUGCCAGUCAUACGGUUGCUUGGACAUCUAGUUCACAGUCAUCCAAAUCCACUACUAGAACAAGCUUCUUAUCUGGAAAAAAUGUUGGACUAUUUCUUAUUCCUAGACCCUGAGAUAUCUUCUUCAUUCAUUAUUGUUUUAUGGCCUCUGAUGAAAUGUAGUAAAGAUUUACAGGAUAAUACCAUAUUGGUCUUGCGAAAGGCUACUUUUAGAAGAGAAUCUUCUGCUCAUAUUUCUGCGGCUUCUGCUAUUGUUGAAUUACUUUUAGCUGAAAAACGGCCAGAAAAAAAUGUAUCGUUGUCUCUUCAAAAAAUAAGCAGCCAAGCCUCUUGCAACCAGAAAACUGAAGUUUUUCGUACAGCUGAGGCUGACCUUUUUGACAAGCUUAGUGGUUUACUGGAGAGGUGUCUAUGUCAUCAGCCAAGAGUCAGAGAGAUUGUGUACCAUGGAUUAUUGAAGCUGGUGUUGAUAGACCCUUUGAGUGCAGCACGUGUUUUAGAUUUUCUCUUGCCUCAUUUUCAACGAACUCUCACCAAGGAUUCUCAGCUGAUUGAGAUUAUCGAAUGCAUUAAAAUAGAGAGUGGUGAAUUCUUUAUUAAAGAGCCAUUUGACUGCCUUCUGUACUGCAUCAGUUGGAUCCUGCAACUAUUUCAUCAACAUGUCACUGAUCCUUCCGUUUUGUCGGAUUUGCCUGGCUUCUCUCUUAUCCAAGAGAAUGAGGCAAGAACAAACCCUGCUAGCCAAAUAUUAUCCCAUGGUUUGCUAGAGAUAAGGGAUCUCAUCAAAACUGUGAGACUAUCAGACCAGGCAUACUUGAAGAUUUUGUAGCAAACGGUACACUGGCAUCUGGACAUGUGUUAAUGCUCAAUUUACUUUUUUUGGGGUUUAUUGAAGUGAAUUUGAAUAGCACCUUCUUUGAGCUGGACAAAGCAACUGAUGUCAAGAAGGUCGAUUUGACGAAAGAGCUUUCUAAUUUAAUUUGCCUCUAUGAGUGUGCCGAAGAAAACACAAGUAAAGAUAUGCUGAAGAGAGCUGUAAAAAGAAGACUUACGUGCUCUUCGGGUAACUUUGGUUCAGACAAGUUGUACUCAAACUGCACUAAACUUCAUGAGAGAUU